AUGCCUGGAAUUCUGCCUAUGAAAGUGAUUAAGGUGGGCACAAGCUCACAGAGCCGCAUCGCCCAGGCCUGUGACAGGUGUCGGAGUAAGAAGAUUCGCUGUGAUGGAAUCCGUCCGUGUUGCUCGCAGUGCGCCAACGUUGGGUUCGAAUGCCGUACAAGCGACAAGCUCAGCCGCCGUGCGUUUCCACGAGGCUAUACCGAAUCCCUCGAGGAGAGAGUGAGGCAGCUAGAAUCUGAAGUGAGAGAAUUGAAGGAUUUAUUGGACGAGAAAGAUGAGAAGAUCGAUAUGCUAUCGAGAAUGCAUGAUCACCGCCAGCCAUCUAUCGGAUCUACCGGAAGCCCGAGAAUGGUAGAAUCAAGAAGGGAUCCCAACUCUCCAACGAAGGAAGAUACUUUCCGUGUGCAGGCCUCGCCGCUGUUACUUGGUGUUGAGAAUUCGGACUCGUACUUUAUGGGACCUUCAAGCGGACGCUCCUUCAUCGAGUCUUUCAAACGCAAACUCCAAGAGAACGGGAAACCUUGUUCUGAUUUCAACCCGGAGGCUUUCCUCCAUAUCCAGGGCUGUUAUCCUCUGAUUGCAAAAUCCCAAUCCCAGUCGGUAAAGGUGCCGCCACGCCUAUUCUCGGAUAGGUGUGUCAACAUAUAUUUUCAAGAAUGGGCGCCACUCUUUCCUGUUCUUCACAAACCGACAUUUCUCCGUCUGUAUGAAGAAUUUGUUGCCGAUUCGGAGAAAGUGAAAAAUAACCAUAAGCUUGCACAGCUCUAUCUGGUUUUUAGUAUUGCCGCCCUUUCAAGUGACUUACCCGAUAUGGAGCAAAUUGCUGCUUGCGAGGUUCAGUGGCAAAGAGCGCUCGAAGCAGUGAUGAUGGAUAACACGAUGAAUACAUUGCAAUGUUUAGUCCUGGCUUUGAUGUAUUGUACUAUCAGAGCCGACUACAAGCGAUUGCAACAUUACAAAGGUGUCGCCGUCGGUCUAUCUCACAGAUUAGGAUUGCAUCAAAGCCAGAAGCGAUUUUCGUUCGGCGCCCUCACCAUUGAAACACGGAAGAAGGUCUUUUGGACCUUGUAUACCCUCGACUGUUUUUCUGCUGCCAUGCUCGGCCUCCCUAAAUUGCUUAAGGAGGAUGACAUUCAUGCGGAGUAUCCAUCAGAUACUGAUGACGAAUACGUGACUGAGAAGGGAUUCCAACCCACUCUACCAGGGGAAUAUACCAGACUAUCGAGCGCAUUAGCGUUGUUUAGGGUCUCCCGCAUUCUUGCCGACGUGCUAGAGAAGCUCUAUCCGGCUGCCACGUCUUAUGAAUUGACUCUCCAGCAGAUUUCGGCAAUAGAUGCGGAGCUGUCAGAUUGGUAUGAGAACUUACCCACCCACCUCAGGUUAAAUUUCGUGCAAGACAAGCCAUCAACGGAUAUCACUGGGAGCAGGUCCCCGAUUCUGUCACUUGCGUACUAUUAUAUCCGCGGUCUCAUCCACCGUCCUGCCGUAGGUUCAAACUUAGGCGGCAAGGCGGCGCCCGCCCUCAUCGCUGUCGGAGAGUCUAGCAAGCAUGUCGUACAGAUUAUUCAGUUAUUAGAAGAGAGAAGCAUGUCCUUCUCGUUCUGUCUCAAUAAGGCAGACGUUCUUGUCCUGUGCGGGACAAGUCUGCUUUACCAGAGCCUGGAUUUAAAACAUGAGAGCAAGCUUAUGAAGGAUAUAGAACGACUCGUCAACUCUGUCAUCAAAAUACUCCUGAGAAUGAAAGCACCUGGUACUUACGACCUCAAACGAGUUGCAUCCUUACUCAUCACUGUCGAUGUGCCGUCUCAACCUGCAUCAAUGCGAACCAGCCCAGACACUACCAUGGCUGCUCCGCCAUCAAGAACAUCGCCGCUAUUGAACCUAUCGAGAAAGAAGUCUCCGUAUAGUGGUGGUCGAAACGCCGGCGCGAGCAUGAGCGAGACAGACCUGUUGUCCCAGCAAGAAAAGUUACGACGUAUGACUAUACCCAAUAGUCAAACCGGUCGGCCAGAGAUGCAUCGCGCGCAGUCACGCGCGUCGCUCGAUAUGAGCGCUGAACAGUCAACGCCGCGACGUGAUCAUCGAUUUUCAAUAUCUCAAAUUCAGCAAACGAUGAUGCGUAUGUCACCAAUGAAUAAAUCCAAACAACGGAAUCUUGAUUAUCUUUCACUCAACGAGGCACCCCCUGAGACUCAAUCCUCGCCGCCGACACAAGACCAAAACUUGCCACAGCCGAUGACAAAUGGCCAACAGCACCAGACGCAAAUAUACCCCCCACCUCACCUAAUGAAUAAGGGUGGCUCGAGUGGGGGCGUCUCAAUCUCGGAAUGGGAGGCAUUACUCGGCGCAAUGGAUGGCGGCCAGAUUAAUGUAUACGACGCGAUAUACGGAGGGCCGGCUUUGUCGCUUACGGAGACCCCGACCACCACAACGACGGCUCUUGGUGAAUGGUCGCCAGAUGCCUGGGACCUUUCUAGCUUCAAUAUCGGUGAUCUAACAGCUAAUCCGGCGCCUCCACAGAGCGUACUUAGUAUUAGCGACGACAGCCUCAGUUCCGGAGAGGACCUAAAUUCGAACGAUAUGUAUCUCAGAAUGGGUAGCGAGGACUAUCAAAGCGGAUUGAUGGCACCACCACGAACCAGCCGCGACGGGAACUUGGUUUUAGAAGGUCUUGAGUUGAAUCUUGGAAUAUAA